AUGAGCCACUCUUACGCCCCCUCCUCCUCAUCCUCUUCAUACCGACGAGCAUUCGGGGGCCCAGUUUACCAAACACCACCCAUGUCCCGUGCCGCUUCUGGGGGGUCCGGCAGUCGGGUCAGUUUCAGAGUCUUUGAGGUCAGCAAAUCCUCCACUUCAUCUCCGGGAGUUUCAGGUUACCAAGCUUCUACCUACAGUAUGCCCAACCUGUCUGUGGGCUAUACCCAGUCUUACGGCGGGAUAGGCGAGACACUGGACUUCAGUCUGGCAGACGCGCUCAACCAAGAGUUUCUUCAAACACGCACCAACGAGAAAGUUGAGCUGCAGCACCUAAAUGACCGCUUUGCCAACUACAUCGAGAAGGUUUGCAUGCUGGAACAGCAGAAUCAGGGUUUGGUGGUCGAGGUGGAGAAGCUGAGGGGCCGGGAGCCCACUCAUAUCUCAGACCUGUAUGAGGAUGAGGUGAAGGAGCUGAGGAGAGAGAUCAAAGUGGUGACCAAUCAGAGAUCACGUGGUGAGGUUGAACGGGAAAACCUGGCUGAUGAUUUGCAGAAACUGAAAAUGAGGUAAAAUGGGGACAAAAAGAAAAGACACGAGUGGUAAUAUGAUACAAAUCUAAAUAUAUACUGCCGCAUAAGCGAUUGUUUGAAAGAAAUUAAAACAUUUGCAUGCUUGUAUUUUUUUGUUUUUGAAGCUGACAACCCACUCUUGAUUUUCAUAUGUGGUAUGAACACACGCUUUACAUAACCAUUCUGAGUCAUUCAGUGGCAGCAAUAAAAUGAAAGUAAUCUCUCUGUUGCUGACAUCUCACAAAGACUCUGAUGCGCAGGACAGCAAAGAUAACACAAUCUGAUAGCAACACAAAUAUUCAGUUUAAUCGUAACACAACACAGGAAUCCUGCUUAAACAAAAGCAUGGGAUUUUGUUAGAUUUAUGCUUAAAACAUGGCAAAUAAAGUCUUAUAAAUAUCAUUGUGCUUCUGAAGUAAACAUAUGAAGAGCUCAGAUGCAAAACC